GNUGGUAGGGGCCGCUGCCGCUCCCCGCAGGGCUCGGGGGGGCGGGGCCGGCGGGCGCAGCGCUAGGCCCGGUCGCGCGGCGGCGGCGGCGUCGCUCCUGUUGGCUCAGCCGGCGGCGGCCAUGGCGGUCGUGCUGUCCCCGCGUCUCUGCGACAGCGACCCGGCCACGCCCGGCGCGCAGUCCCUCAAGGAUGACACAGAAGAAAAUUCCAAUGAUGGCAGCCAGCCAUCCAAAAGACGGCGUAUGGGCUCAGGGGACAGUUCUCGGAGCUGUGAAACUUCCAGUCAAGACGUUGGAUAUAGUUAUUUUCCUGCUGAAAAUUUGAUAGAAUACAAAUGGCCACCUGAUGAAACAGGAGAAUACUAUAUGCUUCAGGAGCAAGUCAGUGAAUAUUUAGGUGUGACUUCCUUUAAAAGAAAAUAUCCAGAAAGGCGAGAUUUAUCUCACAAGGAGAAACUCUACCUCAGAGAACUAAAUGUUAUCACAGAGACUCAAUGCACACUAGGUCUAACAGCUUUGCGUAGUGAUGAAGUAAUUGAUCUUAUGAUUAAAGAAUACCCUGCCAAACAUGCUGAGUAUUCUGUUAUACUGCAAGAGAAAGAACGGCAGCGAAUAACAGAUCAUUACAAAGAGUAUUCUCAAAUGCAGCAGCAGAACACACAGAAGGUAGAAGCUAGUAAAGUUCCAGAAUAUAUUAAAAAAGCUGCCAAGAAAGCUGCAGAAUUCAACAGCAAUUUAAACCGAGAACGGAUGGAAGAAAGAAGAGCCUAUUUUGAUUUACAGACACAUAUUAUCCAGGUGCCUCAAGGAAAAUACAAAGUCCUGCCUACAGAGAGAACAAAGGUUAGUCCUUAUCCAGUGGCUCUCAUACCCGGCCAGUUCCAGGAGUACUACAAAAGAUAUUCUCCAGAUGAACUUCGUUACUUGCCGUUAAACACAGCUCUUUAUGAACCUCCUUUGGAUCCGGAGCUGCUUACGCUGGACAGUGAUGGAGAUUCAGAUGAUGCAGAGGAAGGGCGAGGUGAUGAAAAAAGGAAAACCAAAGGCAAUUCGGACAAUUCAUCUGGCAAUGUAUCUGAAGGUGAUUGCGCCACAGACAACCAGGAGGAUUCUUUUCAGGGAAGACAAAAAACAAGAGACAAAAGUGCUACUCCAAGAAAAGAUGGUUCCAAACGUUCUGUAUUACCCAAAUCAGUUCCUGGGUACAAGCCAAAGGUCAUUCCAAAUGCUAUAUGUGGAAUUUGUCUGAAGGGUAAGGAGUCCAACAAGAAAGGAAAACCUGAAGCUCUUAUACAUUGCUCCCAGUGUGACAACAGUGGCCACCCUUCUUGCCUUGAUAUGACCCCGGAGCUUGUUACUAUGAUUAAGACUUACCCUUGGCAAUGUAUGGAGUGUAAAACAUGCAUCAUAUGUGGGCAGCCUCACCAUGAAGAAGAAAUGAUGUUCUGUGAUGUAUGUGACCGUGGUUAUCACACUUUUUGUGUGGGGCUUGAUGCUAUCCCUUCAGGUCGCUGGAUUUGUGAUUGUUGUCAGAAAGACCCUCCUGUACCCAGAAGAGGAGGAAGAAGGGGGAAAAACAGCAAGGAGGGAUAAGAAAGCCCCAAAAACUUGCUGUCCGAAACUUAACUGCACAAAUUGAAGUGAUAUUCUGGUGCUAUUUAAUCAACUACUCUAUAAGAGGAGCAAUACCACUUUUUUCUUUUUACUAAAUAAACUUUGUCUAUAUAGUGA